CCUCCUGCCCCACUCCUUUUUUCCCCCUUCUCUUUCCACGCCUUCAUUGGUGAAUAUGCCUUGCUUACGUGGUCCGUCGGGCGGUCGGAGAACGUCGUCUUUGUUCGUUCUUUGCUCCGUCCGCUCUUGCGCUUGGUGGCCAAGCCUCGUUGGCCCAUCACUGCUCAUCUUGCAAACGAGGUCCUCAUCUUGCAGACACCAUCGCUGAGGCACCUUGACAGUGCAUCGAAAACAGUACAAUACACAUAGCCUCAUCCGACCGCAGUCAGAAUGCCCCACCACCACCCCACCCUCUUUCCCUCCGAGCGCCCACCCCCAGCACACCGCGGCCGCAAACCGAGCAUCGGCUACACCCGCCCACCGACCUACACCGCACCCCCACUAACCCCGAAAGCCGAAUACCUCGCCUCCUUCGGCGGUCUCUACCCCUUCGACGCCCGUGCCUCGGCAAUCGAAAUCUCCCACUACGCCGCGCGUGUGCCGAGCAAUAACGCCAUUGCGGUGAGGGAGGCGCGGCGGUAUUUGAAGACGCGGUUGAAGAAUAAGGCGGUCGCGGCGGUGAUCACAGAUGUGGGCCUGAAGGCGCCGCCGGUGCUGGAUGGGAGCGAUGGCGGUGACGAUGAGGAGAUGGUAGGCGAGAUGAGGGAGAUUCAGAACAUUGUGAUGUUUCCGGAGACGAGGCGCGGGUCGCUGGCUGUUUCCGAUGGGUUUCCCUCACGGAUGCCGAGGGUCUCGGGCGCCGGUGGGCCUGGAACUGAGGAGGGUAACAGCGGAGGAGGUUUCCCUGCCCUUACGCCGCAGCCGCGCACGGGCUGGACCCGCAAUUCCGAGUCCGUGCGGCCGCCGAUGAUGAUGCACGAUGCCGGAGGGUCGUCGAGUCGGACGCUGCGGAGAAAGUCGUUGUAUGAAUCGAUCAAGAAACCGCCAGAAAUCUCCAUUGACCCGGCCGCUUCGGGGACGCUCGAACCGACCCCGCACACAAAAUCAUGGUCCAACAAGGCCUCUGAGAGGAGUUUGAAUAUGAACCAGACUAGUCGCGGCUCAUUGGCGCCCUCGCUUGCCACGUCCAUGGUCGCCAUGUCGGAACCGACCACCACCAGCACCGUGUCAACGACCAUCUCCCACAACGACACCCCCUACCGCCGCUUCCGCCGCAUCGCCCGAAUGGUCGCCCACAGCGUGCACCUCAUCAAAUUCCUCGCUAGGAUCCUUAAAAACCCGCUCGAAUGGUCCUGGGAAUACGACCCAAAAACCUACACCGAGGAAGAAGUCAUCGGCCUCUCCGCCUCGCACACCGCCUACGACACCAAAACACGGACUGGGACAUCCACGGCAUCCACAUCCACAAACAUGCCCCUCCUAAUGUCCCACGAAGUCUUUGGCGUCUCCCACCUCUUUGCCAAACCCAAGAAAUUCAACGGCUGGCUAGAUAACGACAUCCGCACCCUCCUCCGCAAACCGGCCUCGCGCCGCACACCCGCUGAAAUCGACCGGAUUGUGUCUUGGUGCUCGACGAUGAAGUGUAUGGACAAGUACCCGACGCCCGUGCAGCGCGCGCUGAUCCAGGCCGCGAUCUACACGCGGUGGCAUUCGAGUCGGCAGAUUGUGAAGGAGAUGCACCCUAUUGGCCGGUUCUACAUUAUUCUAGAUGGGGAGGUGGAGAUUACGAAAGUGGACCGGGCGAAACUGAUCGAUGCGCGGAAUAAGAGCUUCGCGUUGGCGAGUUUUGUGAGCGCGCGCAGGGGCGACUCGACUGUGUCCCGAUUCCAUGGGGGUGCGAGCACGCUGCAGUUGGUGGGGAGUUCGCCGACGAUGGCGGCUAUGGCCGGCGGGGCGGGGGACGAGAAAGCGUUGGCGAGCUCGAGUACGGCUAGCAUUUUGGCGGCGGUGGUGGGCGAUGAGGAGAGGAAAGCGAUGAAGCAGGUUGAGGAGGAUUUGAAUAAGGCGUAUACUAUUACGAUGGGGUAUAUGGGUGCUGGAGAAUCCUUCGACAUAUCCUUCCUCACCUCCCCCCUUCGAACGGCCACCUACACCACCAAACGGGUAACCGAGUUCCUCACGAUCGGCAAACGCGACUACGAGCAUAUCACGAGCACAUUCAAAGAGGCCGAGACGAUCAAGCAGCAGACGUUGCGGACGCACGCGAUGCUGAGGACGCUGAAUGGGGAUAUGGCUGCGUUGCUGAAUUGCUCGAGUAUCGAGCGGUUUGAUGCGAAUAGGAUCAUUGUGUGUCAGAAGCAGCAUGUGGGGGCGUUGUAUUUCCUCAUAUCGGGAACAUGCCGCGUAGUCCAAGCGGUCCAAUUCAUCAAACAAAAACUCGGCAAACGCCGCUACCACAUCAAACCCUACCGCGCCCCCACAAUCUCCUCUUCGGAAUCCUCAACCAACCCGCGCCGCUCAGCCUCCCAACUCCUCCACUCCUCCAACGUCUCCCUCGACCGUCUCACCCCGUCGAAAUCCGCCGCCGACCCCGCCACACUCCCCCCAGACAGCACGCUCCUCACCGAAUUCCUGGUCGUCAAAACCCUCUCCCCGGGCGACUUCUUCGGGCAAUGCAUGUCCGGCACGCUCACCUCGCAGAUGUCCGCGCACGCCAAAGCCGGCACGCUCGAGCAACCCGUCAGCGUCAUCACCAACCAGAAGACCACCGCACUGGUGAUCUCCAAAUUGGAUUUCCAGCGCUUCGCGACCGACGCGACGAUGAGGGUGUUGAGGGAGGAGGUGGCGCGGUACCCGACGCUCCCGACGAUCGAGAGGGCGUAUAUGAUGAGUAGGGAGUGGAAUAUGGCGAGGGAGAGGGUGUUGAGGGAGAUUAGGAGGGGGAGGGCGAUUAGGGAGCGGUGGAAGGAGGUGAGGGAUCCGUAUGGGAUUGAGGGGGAUGGGUUGUUGGCUUGGGGGGUGUAGGAGGGGUGGGUUGGAGGGUUGGGUUGGGGAGAGGGGCUGUACGUAUGACAGCGUUUAGAUGCAUAUUGCACUAGCCUAGAGUUCUUCGCAGCAUAACUGGGCCCAAGUGCAAUGUUUGUACUGUACAUGUACUGUACAACCGCGAGAAAACCGCGUCGUCGUAAGCCAACUCGACGUGUCGAAGUCGGACCCCUUUUAUGCCGUCGAGGACUUUCAAUGCAGUUAAUAGAGAGGGUGUUCGAAAGGCUUUUUGGGCAUAACCCCGUUGUUGUUGCACCUGUCAAUCGAGCGGAGUUGAGACCGUCCCGAAUGGGGGAUUAUGGAACAUUCCGCCCAGCAGCCACGACGCCAAGCCACCUGAAUCGCGCAGGGCCUACUUUCUGUUCGCAGCAGUGUUUUAUCCGCGACCGUC